AUGAAUACCAAUUUGAAACGAAUUAAAAAGUGGCAUGAAUUUGGAUGCUACCGUAUGCAGCAAAACAGUAAUAAUAUAAAUAAUCUCAGAGAACUUACUGAGGUUCCCAUUCAAAGCAUUGAAUACAGCAGUUUCAAUCCGACAACACCUUUUCCUUUGCCUUCUGCGCCCAUCUUUACAUCACACAAAAAGCAAGAGACAGUAAGCGAUGCAUUCACGCCAACAGGGGACAGGUAUCCCGAAACUGCCCGUAAUCGGCUGCAGAAACUGCUGAAAGCCAGUCCUACCUGUGUGCUCAUACCACCACCAACAACAUUACAAUAA